UAAAACAGCAGAACCUUUUUCUUUUCUCCUUCCUCUUUCUGACUUCCUCUAUCCUUUCCAAGUUCCAAUUUACCCAUUACUUACUCCACCACCAGGCACCAGGUACUCUCACCCUCUCAGUGGAAGGUACAAGAGUGGUUUUCCAGUGAUGGGUCCUCCCACAUUGGCAAUGGAUAACAAAAGCUCUCCCCAACUCUCACCAGAUGCAAUCAAGAAUUUGUAUACCUCUCAAGCGGAAACCCAAAAGCUUUUUGCCUCAGUCAGCAUGGGGAAAGAAAAACCCUUCGACUUUUUCCGUGUUUUAGUUGAUGGUGUCAUAGCAGGAGGCACUGCUGGUGUUGUUGUCGAAACAUCUUUGUAUCCAAUUGAUACAAUCAAGACUCGUCUACAGGCAGUUCGUGGAGGAGGAAAGAUUGUUUUGAAGGGCCUUUAUAAUGGAUUGGCUGGAAAUCUUGCUGGUGUCCUACCGGCGUCUGCCAUAUUUGUUGGUGUCUACGAACCAACAAAGCAGAAAUUGUUGAAGAUGUUUCCUGAAAAUCUGAGUGCUUUUGCGCAUUUGACUGCAGGAGCCAUUGGAGGGGCGGCAUCUUCUCUUGUUCGUGUACCAACAGAGGUUGUGAAAACAAGGAUGCAAACUGGACAAUUUGUUUCUGCUCCUGAUGCUGUUCGUCUAAUUGUUCGUAAGGAGGGUUUCAGGGGUCUAUAUGCGGGUUACAGCUCCUUCCUGUUAAGAGAUUUGCCAUUUGAUGCUAUGCAGUUUUGUAUUUAUGAGCAGAUUCGAAUAGGUUACAAACUUGCCGCAAAGAGGGAUUUGAAUGAUGCAGAGAAUGCUGUUAUUGGUGCCUUUUCUGGAGCAAUAACUGGCGCUAUAACCACUCCACUCGACGUAAUAAAGACGAGAUUAAUGGUUCAGGGAUCCGCAAACCAGUAUAAAGGAAUUGUAGAUUGUGUUCAGACCAUAGUUAGAGAAGAAGGCGCCCCUGCUCUCCUGAAGGGUAUUGGGCCAAGAGUUCUUUGGAUAGGUAUUGGCGGUUCAAUUUUCUUUGGUGUUCUUGAGAGGACGAAGUUGUUACUUGCACAAAGGCGUGAUGGGAAACAAACCCCAGAAGAAUCCUUCAAGAAGGAUUGAUAUGAACCUCUUCCCAUGUUUCAAUUUAGAAUAUCAUUCGGUAUUUUCAUUCUUUUCAUACCUUUUGUUGCUGUACUGUAGAUGAUAGUUAGGGCGUCAAGGAAUUCAAGUACGACAUCAUGGAAAAUGCAGUUUUGUAACAGUCGACUUAAGAGUGAAAAAACUAGACAAUUGUAGUCUCUCAUCUUAAUUUUAGUCCUCCGUAUGAUUUUAUUCUUUCUGUUUGCAGUUUUA